GACGCAUGCGCGCUCCCGAUCACCCAAAGCCUUCCCCGCUCGGCUCAGGCUGUAUGUCGCCGAGCCCGCGAGCGGCCGCCGUCGCGCCCCCACCCGCAUUCCAAAUUCAAAAACACAAAUCGAUACGACAACUUUUUGUGCCAAAAUUGAAUUUAGAACCCUUGUUUUUAAAACCGAGCCAUUGUUAACGGCCAGCCACAAAUACACCAUGUGAUUUUCAUUAAGUUCUGUGCGUAUGGAGUGAUGUUUGUGUGAUAAUGAGUGCUCUAGAUGUGUGUGCGUGAGCUGUGAAUGAUUUUCAGGAUGGGCGAGUGGGCGUUCUUCCUUAUUUUGUUCUUCGGACAUCUUUCCGCUCUGCCGGAUACGAUAAGAAUAGGUGGGCUAUUCCACCCCGAAGAUGACAAGCAAGAAGUGGCGUUCCGGUACGCGGUAGAACGCGUGAACGCGGACAGGGCUAUUCUGCCGCGCGCCAAGCUUCUGGCACAGGUCGAGACGAUAUCGGCACAGGACAGCUUCCACGCGUCCAAGAGAGUAUGUCACCUACUCCGAAGCGGGGUAGCAGCCAUCUUCGGGCCGCAGUCGGCGCCGGCCGCGGCGCACGUGCAGUCCAUCUGCGACACCAUGGAGCUCCCUCACCUGGAGACUCGCUGGGACUACCGCACGAGGAGGGAAUCCUGUCUGGUGAACCUGUACCCACAUCCGGCAGCGUUGAGCCGAGCUUACGUGGAUUUGGUGAGGGCUUGGGGCUGGAAGUCAUUUACGAUAGUUUACGAGAACAGCGAUGGGCUCGUGAGGCUUCAGGAACUGCUGAAGGCACAUGGACCCUCGGAACUGCCCGUCUCCGUGAGACAACUACCUGAUUCACAUGACUACAGGCCAUUACUGAAACAGAUCAAGAAUUCAGCGGAGUCCCACAUAGUGCUGGACUGUGCCACGGACAGGAUACGCGACGUGUUGCAACAGGCGCAGCAGAUCGGCAUGAUGUCUGACUACCACAGCUACCUCAUCACGUCAUUGGAUCUCCAUAGCGUAGACUUAGAAGAGUUCAAGUACGGCGGUACCAACAUAACAGCUCUACGGCUGUUGGACCCAGAGCGGACUGACGUGCAGAGGGUGAUAAGAGAUUGGGUGUACGAUGAAGCGAGAAAAGGACGGAAACUACAGCUCGCCCAUACAUCUGCCAAGGAAAAUAUGACGUUUAUAAAGACAGAGACAGCGCUAAUGUACGACGCGGUGCACCUGUUCGCGAAGGCGCUCCACGACCUGGACACGUCGCAGCAGAUCGACGUGCGCCCGCUGUCCUGCGAGGCCGAGGACACGUGGCCUCACGGAUACAGCCUCAUCAACUAUAUGAAGAUCGUGGAGAUCAAAGGUCUGACCGGCGUGAUCAAGUUCGACCACCAGGGGUUCCGUAGCGACUUCUCCCUGGACAUCAUCGAGCUGACCCGCGAAGGCCUGCAGAAGGCUGGCACCUGGAACUCUUCGGAGGGGGUCAACUACACCAGGUCUUACGGGGAAAACCAGAAGCAGAUUGUUGAGAUUUUGCAGAACAAGACCUUGAUUGUUACUACUAUUUUGAGCUCACCCUACUGCAUGCGGAAGGAAGCAAGCGAGAAGCUGACAGGCAACGCUCAGUUCGAAGGAUACGCCAUCGACCUCAUCCACGAGAUAUCCAAGAUCCUCGGCUUCAACUACACCUUCAAACUAGCACCCGACGGUCGAUACGGCUCCUACAACAGAGAAACAAGAGAGUGGGAUGGCAUGAUACGAGAACUGUUGGAGCAAAGAGCUGACCUAGCGAUCGCCGAUCUCACCAUCACUUAUGACAGAGAGCAAGUAGUGGACUUCACGAUGCCAUUCAUGAACCUCGGCAUCUCAGUCCUCUACCGCAAGCCCAUCAAGCAGCCCCCCAACCUGUUCUCCUUCCUAUCUCCAUUGUCAUUGGACGUAUGGAUUUAUAUGGCCACCGCAUACUUGGGGGUUUCCGUGCUUCUGUUCAUUCUCGCUCGGUUUACCCCGUACGAAUGGCACCAGACGCAAUCGGCCGACGGCGAAAAAAUGGUCAACAUUUUUUCUCUUGCCAACUGUUUGUGGUUUGCCAUCGGAUCCCUAAUGCAGCAGAGCUGCGACUUUUUGCCCAAGGCGGUCUCCACCCGGAUGGUGGCCGGUAUGUGGUGGUUCUUCACCCUGAUCAUGAUCUCCUCGUACACCGCCAACCUCGCCGCCUUCCUGACGGUAGAGCGCAUGGACUCACCCAUUGAGAGUGCUGAAGACUUGGCCAAGCAGACCAAGAUCAAGUACGGAGCUCUGAAAGGAGGAUCUACGGCGGCUUUCUUCAGGGACUCAAACUUCUCAACCUACCAGCGCAUGUGGUCCUUCAUGGAGUCAGCCCGACCGUCAGUGUUCACCAGCAGCAACAAGGAGGGCGAGGAGCGGGUGAUGCGGGGGAAGGGAGCGUAUGCAUACCUCAUGGAGUCUACGACCAUAGAGUAUGUGGUUGAAAGGAAUUGCGACCUGACGCAGGUUGGGGGCAUGUUGGACUCGAAGGGAUACGGAAUCGCUAUGCCGCCAAACUCUCCGUACCGAACGGCCAUAAGCGGGGCCGUAUUAAAACUGCAAGAAGAAGGAAAACUCCACAUCUUGAAAACAAAAUGGUGGAAAGAAAAGCGCGGCGGAGGAUCCUGCAGGGAUGACACAUCGAAAUCCUCGUCAACUGCCAACGAGCUGGGCCUGGCCAACGUGGGCGGCGUGUUCGUGGUGCUGAUGGGCGGCAUGGGCGUGGCCUGCGUCAUCGCCGUGUGCGAGUUCGUGUGGAAGUCGCGUAAGGUCGCUGUUGAUGAGCGGAAGGAAGAGGCGUCGUUGUGUUCCGAGAUGGCGUCGGAGCUGCGAUCUGCACUGAAGUGCCCGAGCAGCGGGGGCAGCAACGGGGGCGCGGGGGGGGCGCGCGACGGCGCUGGCUCCCCCUACCUGCACUACGGGUUCAACACUAAGAGCCAGCUACACUAACGCCCGAGUUGCGCCUCCUCGCCACCGAGCGAUGUGUAGGCCGCUGCCGUGUCUAAAUUCUCAUCGAUCUAUGGACUUUGUGAUGAAAUUCACGAUAUGACUUUUUGUAAGUGAUCUGUUGAAUUUAACGCGAAUUGGGACUGUUUUGUUUUGGAUAUUGUUCUAUGGAGAUUCUUGUUGUGCUAAUUUAUAUUUAACGUAAAUUAUUGUAAAUAGCUGCAUAAUAUCUCAUCGUACCUACUUUACUUACAAUAAUUUCAGUGGAUUCGAAAAUAGCAGUUUUUUUGUGUUACC